CCGCGCGUGCAUCACGAUGUUGGACCUCAACGGCAAUCCGGCGACCAGCUACGAUCCAGACGAGAAGGUCUGGAGUGGCUCCAGCCAGCAGAGUCUCUACAACGAGGAGCUGACCGUGGGCCAGAUCAUCUUCCGGCAGCUGCAACGCCAGCCCCACAGGAUAUUCCAAAUCUCGCAUACGGAUAACACGCGGCUGACCCGGUCGCAGAUGCUGCAAAAUGCAGCGAAGAUUGGUUGCUAUCUGCGGGAUCGCGGUUUUAAAAAGGAGACGGACUUGGUGGGGCUCAUGGCCCGGAACUCCACGCUCGUGGGCGCUUUGGCCUACGGCUGCCUGUUCAAUGGAACUCCCUUCCACGCCGUCAAUCCCAAUCUGGAGCAGAAGACCAUCGAGAGUCUCUACAAGAUCACCAAGCCACGCAUCCUUUGCUGCGACAUCGGGGACUACGAAAAGAUCAAGAACAUAGGAGCCACGCUGGGUGCUCUUAUUAUAACAGUUAACGGGAAGGUUCAGGGGGUAAUGAGUGUCUCAGAUCUGCUGCAGAGUCCCCUUCCCGAGGACUACGAGCCCGCACAGUUCAAGAGAGGCGUCGAUCGCACCAUGGCCAUCCUCUGCUCCUCGGGCACCACCGGAACUCCCAAGGCGGUGACCCUGUCAAACAGCCGAAAGCUAUUCGAAACCCAUAGCUAUCUGGGAUCCGACGACGUUCAAUAUGCUCCCAGCACCUUGGAUUGGCUCACGGGUCUCAUUACCCUGGUAACAGCUGGAGUGUUUGGCACAGUUCGUCUGAUUUCCAGUGAAAUGUUUAGUACCGCCCACUUUCUAGACAUUUGUGAGCAGCACGAGAUCUCCUGGACCAUCAUGGCCAAUUCGCACGUUGCCAUGUUGGCCAAUUGCCACAACACCAGGGCGCAAAGGCUGCGAAGUCUUAGGCAUUUGCUCUUCGCUGGAGGUCAUUGCCUGGUGGCCACUUUGAAGAAGAUGCAGUCCUUCCUGCAUGGAUCAGGAAUCCUUAAAAAUGCUUACGGCCUAACCGAGGUGGGAACUUUGAUAUCCUACAACUACGACACCCAAUCUAGGCCCACUUCAGUGGGUCGGCUAAUGGCGAAUAUUCGGGUGAAGAUUGUCGACUCUUCGGGCCAGUUGCAGGGCCCCAAAGGAUUGGGUGAGGUCCUCUGCCACAAUGGGCAACCGUGGAGUGGAUAUGUGGGUAAUCCCCAGGCCACCGCGGAGAUGAGGGACUCAGCGGGAUGGUAUCACACCGGCGAUGUGGGUUAUUUCGACGAGGACCACUGCCUGCACAUUGUGGAGCGCAAAAAGGACAUGCUGAAGUACCUGGGAAUGAUGUACUAUCCACAUGAGGUGGAGGAAGUGAUCGCCCAGAUUCCCGAAGUGGCAGAGGUUUGUGUUUUCGGCAUCUGGCGCGAGACGGAAGGCGAUGCUGCCGCAGCAUCCGUGGUCCUGCGAUCAGGCAGCAAACUGGAUCCCAAGCACGUCGAGCAGUUUGUACGCAAAAACGUAUCCGUGCAGUUCAAGCAUCUCCACGGUGGAGUCCAGAUAGUUCCUCAGCUGGCCAAGAGCGCCAACGGAAAGGUCAAUCGACAUGCCGUAAAGGCUGCCUACUUGAGAGAUGUGUCCCAGCCUUAAAAUUGAUUGAUAAUCAACAACUACCAAGCAUAAACUUUUUCAAAUGUUAAACAUUGCGUUCAGAUGGCACGUCAUUGGUAUCGCACUAAAUAAAAUAAAUAUAUUUAAAGCA